AAGACGAAAAACGCGUGGUGAUAUCCGGUUACCACUAUGGAUCUGCGCUGUUUCUCCCUGUUUCGCGCUGUUUGCGGUGUUUUGCGCCGUUUUCUGGUUGGAAGUUGUGGACGUCGUACAUGAUAUCAAACGUUUUUGAAAAUGGACGGAGACGCUGAUGUGUUUAAUGAAGAUUUUGAUGAUUUAGAUUAUGAAAUGAUUGAUGAAACUAACAUUAUUUCUGUAUCAGAUGUCAUUGGUUUCUUUCAAGCGGUUAGAGCUGCAUCUCAGGACAAAAUUACAGAAUUAUGUAAUUCUUUGGAUGAUACAGUUGAGAUGUCAUCAAACUCAAUCAUAAAAAUGAUCAAAGAGUUUGCUGAAGAAAGAAGGAACUCAUUUUCUAGUGAUGGUGACAAACUUGAAGAUAUUUCUAACUUUCACAACACCUCUGGAAAUUUAGAAGGAUGUGGGGGCGAUGUAUCAUUGUUCGAACCGGAUCUUGGGGAACUUAUACUGAGAAACAAAAACUUGUCUCACUCAAACACAAAUCUUCGAGCUGAAAAUUCUGAACUCCGCAAACAACUUGAAGCAUUUGAAGAUGAGUGUGAAAAUCAGCGUGGGACAAUUGCAGCCUUGGAUAAAGACCUCAAACACUAUCAAGUAAGUAAACCAGAUGUUCAGCUUCUUUUAAAAGAGAAAGAUGAGAUGCAAACCAGGGUACAAACCAAGGAAGAAGAAAUUUCAAGUUUACGUCACAGAGAGAAAAUUGUAAAAGAAGAAUCAGAAGAUUAUCGUUUGAGAUUAUCUUGUUUACAAGACCAGUAUGAUGGUGUUUCCGUCAUUCUUGAUCAACUAAGAAAAGAGAACAUGAAAAUGGAGCAAGAGAAUAUUGCUGUAAAGAGCAAUUGUGACAGUUUUCAACUCUCAUUGGAAAAUAAGGAUGAGCAGUUGGUAUUGAAAACUAAAGAAUGCUCUCAACUAACUGAUAAGAUUCAAGACUUGGAAGUAACGAUUAAGGAUUUACAGGAAGAGAAAGAAGCCUUGUCUGUGCAAGUACGAGAAAUGCAGUUUGAAUAUUCAAUUUGCCAAAAAGCUGUAACAGGGUCUGCUCCAGGAACACCUGUUCGUAUCAGCAUUCAACAUGAACUCAAUCAAGCUGAUGAUUGUAUUGGAGAAAAUGAAUACCCUUCACCUAUAUGUGGAACAAACUAUGUGAAAGGAACCAAUAAACAGCUGAAUUCUCCACUAACAGAGAAUCUACGAAAAGGUCUUCUAUCCUACAUUAUGCAAACCCCUCCAUCUCCUCGACAGCAGCAAGAUUGUAGAAGCUCAUCGAAACCGGAGUCUUACAUGAGUGAUAGUUCAAGCCAGACAAAUGAGGUUUUUUUGAGCAAUGACUAUGUUCAAACCAUCAAAAAGGAAUUGUAUGAAUUUGCUGCUCAAACUGAGAGUAAGAAGGUCAUUGAAAUGUAUACACAGACAGAAAUGGAAAAUUCUAGAAAUGACCUAACAUCAAUUGAACGAGAAGAUAGAAUGUUUGAAGAGCAAUCAUCUUUGAUUGAAGGAUGUUACAAAGACCAGAUUGUCGCAUUUCAACAGGAUAUUGAAGAUUUAAAAUUAUCCUUGGAUAGAGAGAAAAACAAAUCCCAGUAUCUCACAACACAGGUUGGAGCAAACAGAGCCAAGAUUUACAAAUUACAAGAAACAUUAGGAAAAGAGCAAGAAAAAGUCACAGAACUGGCAAACAUUAAUGUCAAAUUAUGUUCAAGCAAACUGGAUAUGUGGUGGAAUGAUAACCAUACCCCUGAUGAUGAUAGCAAAGUUAUACAAGAGGAGAAGUCCGAAUCACAUAUUUCUCAGUUGAUAGAUGCCUUAUCACUGGCUGGUACAACUGUGAGGAAGAUUCCAAAUUUUGAUUCUGAUUUGCUUCAUGGACAGGAUAUCUCCCAUGUUGAAUAUACAAUGGAAGGUGGUUCCAAAGCCUGGGAGCAAAUUUCUUUGGCAAGUCAAGCGGAUAGAACAACAUUUCCCGGGAGGUCUUCUAUACUAAAUACAUGUAAAGAGGUUAUAGAACAAGCAAUUGAGAAGAAAGUCGAAUUGCUUCUUGAAAUGUUGUGUGAGAUUGUCUUUUAUGAUGAUCAUUUGGAUUAUGAUGAAUCGAAACGGAGGUUGAACUAUUCAUUCAGCAGUCAACUAAUAUCAUUACAAAAUUUAACCACCAAGUUGGGCAAAGUCAAUCAUGACAUUGGAGCCAGAGAACAAGAAUAUAAAAUGACUUCGGUUUUAAAGGUGUUAUCAAACAGGCUUUCUAGCUUGAAGAAAAAGUAUGAAGAGUCUCGAGCAAAGUUGUGUCAAUUGUUCCAUAUUUCUCUUCAUUGUCAGUGUUUCUCAGCUCUCAAUAUGCUUUCCGUGCUCAAAGAUAUAGAACAUGAUGAUGAGAUCUUUGAAAAAAAUGUCCAACUACACCAAAAACGUAUCAAGGAGAUUGUCAACUUGGAUGGACCUGUCGUUCAAAAUCAGAUCUUACAGCUCCAGCAGAAGUUCAAUCAAUUGGAUGACAGUUUAACUCAAGUUUUUGGAAGAAAUUUGCCAGCCAGAAAGUGGUUGAUGAUGAUUUUGUUCGUCUUCACUGCAUACUUCACGUUUCAAUGGGAGGAUUAUCAUGUUCCACCGAUUGUGUGAAAAUUUUUCAAAAGGGAUUGGUAUCCUUCUAAUUAAUUGAUAAAUUUCGGAACUAUAUUUAGGUCACUGAUUGCAUAGGCCAUGUAAAGUGAUAUAGCUCCACUUUUCUGAAUGAUUGACUUUAAUGGGUUACGUUACAUAAAUGUAUUGAGGGUCACAAAAUCCCUGCUCCCUCCUCUAGACAUAGGUUCUAGGUUGCGAAAAUCAAGAUUUGAAUUGGUAGCUGUUAAAAACUCUUGAUUGUGUAUUGCGCUUGAAUGGGUCCUCGGCAUGUCGACGCAUUUAUUUGAAUUCACGCAUCCGACAAAUAUGUCAUUUGUUGAAUUUUCAGCCUCUUAUUUUUCAAGUUCAAUUUACUUUACUUAUAGUUUAUUCUUUUGUUUUUGAAUGUUUGUUUGAGUGACAACUAGUUUCACGUAUCACAGAUAUAUUUAUUCGCACAGGAUAUUGCUAACUUGGUAUUUAUUGUUUUUCUUGCAAAAUUUAUUCAAGAGGAAUUAAAAUUCUUUGUAUUGAA